AUGGAUGACUCCCGGGGAAGAUCUCCCUCGAGGGGCAAUGCGCAGCACAUAAGCCCUCAGCCCUCUCCGAAUCAAUACGCUACCACCGUUCCUGGUGUGAUUCCUUCGGUACAAGCAGCUUUGACCUCGGGCAAGUUCAUCAACUCAAACACACAGCCCUUCUCCAAUCCUUUCUUCGACCCGUCGCAGCAGAACGGCCUGCAAACCAACUCUGCUGAGCCGAGUUUCUACGGAAACAGUCAAUAUCAGGAUACUUUUCAGACCAAUCAGUUUGACAACCAGUCUUUUGACCCGUCAUUCAAUAGCAAUUUUAUGUUCCAAGGGGAAAAUAUGUCUAAUGAGUACCAAAACUAUACACUGAGUAAUGCCUACGAUAUGAAUCCACAGACAAAUAUCAACCCCGCCGACCUCAGCAAGGUUUCUUCUCCUCCACAAGACCAACAGUCACCCAGUUUGCUUCCCCCAGAAAACCUAUCUUCCCAGCCUGGAUCCCCUGCCUCAACAAAUGGACAAUUCUAUACCCCACAGCAUUCAAGGCAUGCCUCUUUGGAUCCUUCCAGUGCGUACGGAGACAGCUACUCUGGCCUCAACUUUCAGCAGCACAGGAGGGCCCCCUCAGAUCACAGCGAAAUCUCGUCGGCCAGCCAUUCUCCCUACCUCGGCCACUCAGACCUACAUGAUCCGACGGACUUGAACCAUUCUCCAUUUCUUCAGGCCCAACCUGAUACCAACAAUGCCUUCGGAAUGGAGACUUUCAGCCUGGGCGAACAGGCUUCCUACCGGUCUCCACGACUGAUGCCACACUUGGAGGGCAAUCAACAAGGUGUCGGAGCUGAGCAAGGCUUGUCACUGAACCAGCCGAUGGGGGGCAUACCUAUUCCCAACGUAUACACUUCGGAAGCAUCAGCAUACCCCUCUAUUAUUCCGAGCAAUCAUAUGCGCAACACUUCCGUCGUUUCUGACAUUGGACAAGCUGACCAAUUUGCGCCUCCGACUAUCAACAUCGAACCUGCCCCUGUUUCCAGGCAACAGAGUUUCGGGCCCCAGGGAGAAGCAGUAGAAGGUGCAUUGAGCCCUCCAUCCUCGAAUAGAGGCCGAAGCCGAAGUAAGUCUGAUGUCACCUUCAGCAGACCUUUGUCGCGAGCUGGGACUCCCUCGACGAACAAUCUCGCUGUAUCAAGAUCGCCCGACAGGGGUGCCCGUUCUCUGUCUCGCGAUUCAUCCCCCGGCCCAGUCGCGUCUGGCAGAGUGGAAAAGAAUCGUAGAGCGUCAACCUCUUCCAUGGGUCAAUCUCGUGACUAUAUUCUUGAUCUGGCAGACCCUAGCAGACCCAACGCGUCACCGUCUGGCCAGAGCGCCCGAGUUCAAAAACACCCAGCAACCUUCCAGUGCAAUCUAUGCCCCAAAAGGUUCACACGGGCUUACAAUCUGCGGUCCCACCUGCGAACGCACACCGAUGAAAGACCCUUUGUAUGUACCGUCUGUGGUAAGGCGUUUGCAAGGCAGCACGACAGAAAGCGUCACGAAGGGCUUCAUAGUGGUGAGAAAAAGUUUGUGUGCAAGGGCGAACUUCACUCCAACCCUGGUCAGUAUUGGGGAUGCGGGCGGCGCUUUGCCAGAGCCGAUGCGUUGGGGAGACAUUUCCGGUCCGAGGCAGGAAGGAUCUGUAUCAAACCGUUACUAGAGGAGGAAAAGGCCGAGCGGCAAAAUAGAGCCAUUAUGGAACAACAGCAACACCAGCAGGCACAAUUCGCACAGAAUCUGCAACCUGUCCCACAACCAAUGAUGAUUGGCAUGGAUCCCAGCACAGGCACUGGUGGCUUUGCUCUGCCAGCAGCACUCCUUCAGCAAUAUCCUGCUCUUCAAAAUAUCGAUUGGUCUCAAAUAUCGACGGUCGACGAUCAAGGUGAUCUGAGUGAUGUCGGUGGCAUGGGAAGGGCCAGUUUCGAUGGUUCAAGCGGAGGAGAGUACUACGACGAAGAUAUAAGUGACGGAUAUGUUAGUGGAAAUGGUCUGGAUUUUUCGAACCCGGGGCCCCAGAUGUAUAUGGGUCAAUGA